CAGUGAAACAUCUUGCAAAGCUUCACUCGUGGCUUUGCAGCGCGGAGAGAAGAUCUGAGCUCCGCAGUCCAGCAGUGAACUUCUUCUUGUUCGAGUGCCCAGCAAUUUUCCUUACAGCGCUUUCAACUUUUUAAGGACCGAGUCAUCCGUGUGAUGGAGAUUUGUCCCAUCCUAUGAAGUGCGCUUUGAUGGAACCCAUCAACAUGAACAUGACACCCCGGGCCGCCUUCCUCAACAACGUGACGGGCCCUCCGAACGCCAGCCACACAGGCGACGAGCAACUCACCAACUCCAGCAUCAACUCCGACAUCCGGUUGCCAGCCACGCAGUUCCGUGUCAUCAGCACCUUUGCCCUCUUCAUCUUCGCGGCCAUAAGCAACUUGACCGUGUUGUGCACCAUCUCCCACAACCACCGCAAGACCAAGUCGCACGUGCGCAUCCUCAUCGUGAACCUGACGACGGCCGACCUGCUCAUCACAUUCAUCGUGAUGCCCCUGGACGCCGUGUGGCACAUCACGACGCAGUGGUACGCGGGCGAGUUCGCCUGCCGCCUGCUCAUGUUCCUGCGCCUCCUCGCCAUGUACUCCAGCGCCUUCAUCACCGUGGUCAUCAGCUUGGACCGCCACUCGGCCAUCCUCAAUCCGCUGGGCAUCGGCAAAGCCAAGGCCAAAAACAAGACCAUGCUGAGCGUGGCCUGGGUCCUCAGCGUUCUGCUGGCGGUCCCGCAGCUCUUUCUGUUCCACGUAAAGAGUCCCAAAGGAAACAAAAACUUCGUUCAGUGCGUCACCCACGGCAACUUCGUCGAGCAGUGGCACCACAAUCUCUACUACAUGUUCACGUUCGUGUUCCUCUUCAUACUGCCACUCUUCAUUAUGAUAUUCUGCUACUGCCGGAUUUUGCUGGAGAUCUCCAAGAGGAUGCGAGAAGGAAGCAUUUCAUCCAAAGAGAUCCGCCUUCGCCGCUCAAACAACAACAUCCCCAAGGCCCGCAUGCGCACCCUCAAGAUGAGCAUCGCCAUCGUCAGCUCCUUCGUGGUCUGCUGGACGCCCUACUACGUCCUCGGCAUCUGGUACUGGUUCGACCGGAGCAUUGUGUCACGCAAGGUCGUGCCGCACUUCGUCGAGGAGAUGUCCCUGACGUUCGGGCUGCUGAACGCGUGCCUGGACCCCGUCAUCUACGGCGUGUUCGCGGCGCACGUUCGCCGCGAGGUGCGCCGCUGCUGCCGCUGGCCCCGGACUGCGGCGCAUGACAGAGACUCGUCAUCCACGCCCGUCACGGGCUCCUUUCGCUACUCGGCCUCGUCCGUGCGGAGUCGCCGGGUGCCCUUCGCGUGCGGGGAGCAGCCCGAGGCCACCGGCGCGCACCCCACACCCGCCACGAGGCUGCUGCAGAGGGGCUGCUUAGUCGCGGGGGUCCCCGUGAACAGAGCGGCAGCCGGGAUGGCCGCUGGUGCGAAGGCGUUCUGUGAUGCCAGUGGUGGUGGCGCUGGUGGUGGCGGAGGAGGAGGCGAAGGGUGCACUGAGAAAACUCUCGUAUGUCCUGAAAGCUGCAUCUGACUGGGUGGUGGUGGUGGUGUGGUGCCUAUUAGAAGUGUGUGUGUGUGUUUGCGAUAGUUAAUUUCGUGAGAACGCACGAUGGGUUUGAAAGUUUGAGUUCAUGGCCACUACUUGCGUAGUUGUGUAUGUAAUCUGUGGGUAGCAUUCCUCCCCUUAGUGAGCUUCGUUAUUGUUUUCUAGUGAGAAUAACGCACGACACUGCGAGUUAAAAAUAUAUUUAUGGAAGCUGUAUGUUAGUAAUUUAUAGUUAUGUUUUAUUGCACUGUGUAUGCCUUGACACCAUACGUAAAUAUAUUACAAAUAUUUUUCUUAAUGUGUUUCCAUGCACAGCAUACAGUAUAAUAAAAAAAAACAUUACAAAUAAAUGUGAUAUCUAAGAUAUUACAUUAUAUGAAAUCAAAAGAAAUGAAUCAAUGAACAAUUUACUAUGUUUCCUCAAAAGUAUAUUAUCUGAAGUUAAUGAGCAAAGGUAUUUUAUAAUGAUAAACACUGCAAUAGAAAUAUGUCAAUUGUGAAUCAAAAACAACUGUUCAGCUAUUCAGCAGCCAUCGUGGCGCACCAAGUAAAGAAACUCUUCGACAUUCAACUUCGAGUGGAGUACUGCACAAAAUUAGGUUUAAUGUAAGCGAUUAUGUGAGAAUGUAAACUACAACAUGUAGUUUCAUCAUUUAGACUCCGUAUUAGUGCCAUAGAAAAAAUAAUAAAUAUAUAAGCUAGGCAGUUUGCAUUUGUAUAUGUCACCGCAGUAUAGUAUAUUUGUCUCGCCUGAAGGUUGUAUAGUUUUUAAGUUAUCAAGCCAACUUAAUAUAAUCAAUCUGUGCCACCUUUUUUUUUAUAUAUGAAGUGUGGUUUGACAGCUGAAUUGCUAUGAUAUUAAAUAACACGUUUUGAUGGCACGCAUCUAAAAAAAAACAGUGCAAGAUAAAACAUCGAUUUUUCACGGAGAUUUUUUUAUAACAAUUAGAUUAUUAAAACCUGCACUCUCUGUUUAUAAAUUGCUCUCGAGUUGCUAAAAAAUAUAUAUAGGUUUUGCAGUUUACAAUAAGUGCAUAUUAGGGACGUGUUGCAAUUUUUUGGGAUCAAUCAAAUAAUAUAUCAGAAAAUCAGGGUGCAGAAAAACGAAAUGUAGGAUGAUCCGAAACAAAAAUGACAUCACGCAUCAUAAGUCACGUGAGUGCUUCUCCCGCCAUGAGUUCCAAGUGGGUACGUGCUAUUGGACGUCUCUUUUGUUAGCAAAUUAAGACGCUGUUUAUUCAAAUCCUGUAAAUUAUCUACAUUUUUUUAUUUAAAUUAUAAAUUGUCCUUUGGAAAUAAAUAAAAACUUAGGUUUUUUUUAAAAUCCAAAACUCAUCACUUUUCGGUGGAUCAAUAAUGCCAACUCGUGUGUGUGCUGCUGACGCACAGCACCUUUGUACAAUUUUCACACAGAUAAAAAAUAAAAAUGUAUUUGCGCUAAGAUUGCCGCGAUAUCAUUUUUCACAAAACGAUAUUAAGCUUUACUACAUGACGACUGUGACACUAUCAGAUUCCAACCACUUUGUAAUUGCCUUUCACAUUGUUUACAUCCCCAUGUUGUGCUUUGAUGUACUUCAAUUCCGAAUAGAGAUUGGUUUAAAAGUUAUUCAAUUUGCAGGUCAGUCAACACGAGCCAGUCGUGAGUUUUUCUGAUCGUGAUAACUUUGCAAACUGCAAUGCUCAUCGAGAAACGUUGUACGUCACUAAUUUAAUUGGUAACAGCUAUUUUUCAUUUAGAACUUUAAUAAUUAUACUUUGUCAGGAACUGAUAUUUAAAAUGAGAGAACGAUAAUCACGACAUA